AGCCGCAGAUUCACAGCAUGAAGACGCGUUUAGGACGAGGCUUCAGAGCACAGCUGAGCUACUGUUAGUGUGUCUGACCGCAGCCGGGCGCGUGUUGUUAUAGCUACCGAAGUCAGAGUGGCUCUGAACUGCUGGUCUUCUUUGUUAUUGCUGUAACAGUCGCGCAGAGCUGAAAUCCUCACAUUGUCUUGGCUUGAGACUGGCACACCGUGUUCUGGCGUUACUUCGUAUUCAUAGUCUCUUCUACGGUUUUGUCAAAUUCCUGGACACAGCCAUGAGGUCAUGGUGGAUCACCAGCUGGCUGCCAUCUUGGUGCCCCUCAUCUCAGUGCAAACUGAAGGAGGUAGAGGAGAGAAUGCUUCAGCCCCUCAAAAGUAAGUUUUCCAAGCAAUUUGUCCACAUCUCCAAUGACAACAAGCUGUGGACGCUUGUGUUCCAUGGCGGCGUGGAGGGUAAGACGCCUCUGGUGCUGCUGCAUGGCUUUGGUGGAGGAGUGGGUCUCUGGGCCCAGAAUCUAGAUGCUCUGUCCCAGCAGAGGCCAGUAUAUGCCUUCGACCUGCUGGGCUUUGGGCAGAGCAGCAGGCCUCAUUUCAGCACAGACGCCCAGGAAGCUGAGCUGCAGUUUGUGGAGUCCAUAGAGGAGUGGAGGGAAAAACUUGGCUUGGAGAUCAUGAUCAUGCUGGGCCACAACUUGGGAGGAUACCUGGCAGCAGCCUAUUCACUUAAAUACCCUUCCAGAGUAAAACAUCUGAUCCUGGUGGAGCCGUGGGGUUUUCCGGAGCGACCUCAGCCAGGGGACCAGGAUAGACCGAUUCCUGUGUGGAUCAAAGCCCUUGGGGCCAUGCUGAGCCCCUUCAACCCUCUGGCUGGGCUUCGACUGGCAGGACCACUUGGCCCUCUUCUGGUGCAGACUCUGAGACCAGACUUUAAGAAGAAAUUUGAUACUGUGUUUAAUGACAACACAGUCACAGAGUACAUCUACCACCUUAAUGUCCAAAGCCCAAGUGGUGAAACAGCCUUCAAAAACAUGACCAUUCCAUAUGGCUGGGCCAAACGGCCUAUGUUGCAGCGCACUGGCCUGAUUCACAGUGACAUCCCCAUUACCGUGAUCUAUGGGUCGCGCUCCAGCAUAGACGGCCACUCUGGCAAUUCAAUCAAAGAAAUGAGGCCAAACUCCCAUGUGGAGAUCAUAGCCAUAAGAGGAGCAGGACACUAUGUUUAUGCUGACCAGCCAGAGGACUUCAACCACAGGGUGCUGCAUGUCUGUGAAACAGUGAGUUGAAGGGUGGAGACGAAGACUUGCUGUGCCUGUUUAUUCCUUCUCGUUUAUCCAAUAUCAGUACAGCCUUGUAUAGAGAAGUGAUCUUCAGACUAGCACAAGUCAAAAGAGCUGAUCAUAGUGCCUUUAUACUUGCAUGCCACAGUGCUGUACUGCCUCUUCAGUGUGUCCUUCAUUUCUUGAUUCAUACCUCUGGAUACUCUGGGCUUUCUGAUAACUGGAAAAUCUAGACAUAUUUAUUAGUAUAAGUAUUAGGGCUGUCAAAGUUAAUGCAUUGAUUAAAGGCGUUUUGCAAUAAUUAUAUUAAUUUUUGAAUGCCAUUAAUACAUUUUCCUAGUGUGAUCCUUCCAUAGUUGUGCAAGGUGAAGCCCAGCUCCAUAUACACUAUAUUGUAUUGAAAGAUUCUGCUUUUGUAGCUCUGUUGUUGAAAUACAGGUUUGAAAUGGCUUUUAGAGCAAUACCUAACAAAAGCAAUAGCAAGGUGGUAAGCUCCAGUUCCUCUCAAGAGCCUCCAGCGUAACAAGAAUCUGCAUGUUAUAUGAACAAGUGAGAGCAAGAGGCUACAGUGGACUGUAUGUCAUACAUACAUUCAUUGUUUCUAACAUGAAGACACUAAUGCACUCAGUGAAUGUCUGAUGAAAUUUUGUAGCAGAGUCAAGUUCAAUGUGACCUGUUCAGACCUUCCUGCACGGUCCAGUUCUGUACCAUGCUGCAUAUGGCCAAGAUAUACAGUUACAAAUAGCACAAAAUCGUGUGUUUUAAUUGCAAUGGAGUACACCUGCUAAAGUACAUAUUUUUAUUGUUUAAAAAAAGAAAAAAAUUAACAUACAUAAAUAAAUAAAUACAUGACAUUCUCUUGGCCUUUUAAAAUCUUGCUUACAUAAUCACAGCAUCUUAUUAGGUUGAUUUCAGCAGUGCCUAAACUAAAGAAAGAACAGAUGUAUCCAGAUGAUGAUUGGUAACCAGGUAACAUGGUCCAAAUUCAAGAGCUGUAAUAUUUAAGAUAUUUUGUUUUUUACUACCUCACAAAUGACAUAACUGGUGCAACUCUAAAGCAGUUUCUUCAAAGCAGGCAGGGUGAAGCAAACAUGCAUGCUUUGUGCUUUUCUUUGUGCAAUUUACGUGUACUAUUUUAUUUUUGGUACGCACAACAGAGGUUGGGCAUUUUUGCAGUGCUGAAAUGGCAAGGGAUUGAAUUCCAGAGGAUACAUUUAUUGUAGAAUUCUAAAUUUAACAGUGUUUGUAUUUUGUGAAAGAUAAAAUGAUUUAUUUUUGUGUAUUAAAUCUAUUAAGCACAUGACUAACUAUAAUUAGGUUGUCUUCAUGUCCAGUUGGAAUAUCAGUCAGAGUGCGAUGAUUAAUUACUGUGCCAAAUUCCCAAUAAAGUGAAAUGGACAAUCUUGUUAUAAAAGAAUAAAAUCUUCUCAUAUAAUUCA